CAGGUGGCGGUGUGGCACAAACACACCGCGGAGAGACGCUCUGGCGUCAACGACACCCACCAAUCAGCGGGAGCUCAUCCCCGCUUCCAGGAAGUAAACGUAGAAACUCGAGGCUGUAGAGGUUCUGCUAUUGACCCCGCGGCACAGGUCAAAAAUCAUCAUGUCCCUGACGGUCCUGACGUCUGCGUACAGACUGAGGUCCCUCUGCAGGCUGCAGCGAAUCCAGGCUCACAUGAUGUCGAGUCAUGCAGAACCGGAGGUUCUCCUGGAGAAGGUGGGCAGAACCGGUGUGAUCACCAUGAACAGACCCAAAGUCCUGAAUGCCCUCAACCUUACCAUGAUCCGGCAAAUCUACCCCCAGCUCAAGGGCGUGGGUCUCUCAGUUCACGGACGGUUUCGUGUGGCCACUGAGAAGACGCUGUUUGCGAUGCCAGAGACUGCCAUUGGGCUUUUCCCUGAUGUGGGAGGUGGCUAUUUUCUGCCGAGGCUCCAGGGGAAGUUGGGAUUGUUUCUUGCCUUAACGGGCUUCCGACUUAAAGGACGGGAUGUGCAGAGAGCCGGGGUUGCCACUCACUUUGUGGAGUCUAAGAAGAUCCCAGACCUGCAGAAGGAGCUCGUGGACUUGAAGUCUCCCUCUGCUGAAGAUGUCUCCAGAGUGCUAGACUCCUACCAGAGCCAGAGCAGUCUGGAUGCUGAGAAGCCUUUCAUCUUGAAAAAGCACGUCUCUGAUAUAGACAGGCUCUUCAGCAGCAGCAGUGUGGAGGGCAUUGUGAAGAACCUGAAGACCGACGGCUCCGAGUUUGCUAAGAAACAAACUGAGACUCUGUCCAAAAUGUCUCCCACGUCCCUGAAGAUCACCCUCAAGCAGCUGCAGGCGGGCGCAGCUCUGAGCCUGCAGGACGUGCUGGUGAUGGAGUAUCGACUGAGCCAGGCCUGCAUGAGGGGCUGUGAUUUCUAUGAAGGCGUUCGAGCCGUGCUAGUUGACAAAGACCAGAAUCCCAAGUGGAACCCAUCAACACUGGAGGAGGUGUCCGACCAGAUGGUGGAGCAGUGUUUUUCCUCCUUGGGUGAGAAGGACCUGAUUUUGUGAAGUUGGUCAGAAGCUGCCUCCCAACUUCAAACAACACACCGCUAAGCCUUCUCUAACCGGCCACUUCCUGUCCCCCCCAUCCUUUUAUGGAGGAGCGUGCCGCUGUGGAUGGAAGCGUGUCAGCCCUUGUUCAUAAACCGUGUUAUUGCUGUAGAAUAAGUAGUUGUUCUGGUGAUUCUUUACAGAAAAAUCACGACUAUGUCUUCACAGCUGAGUCAUGCUCACAGGCAGAAGAGGGAGCAGGCAGUUUGGUGCACUGUUGCUCUGCAGUGGAGUCUUUCUGCAUAGUUUGUACAGUUGUAAUGUUACAGUGCUGCAUGUUAAAGGAUCAGAACAGCAGUGCUACAUUAGCACAAGGACACGGGAGGGGAUAAUGAUCUCACCACUGAGUGCUUCACUACAUUUCCUGUGGAUGUUUGUUGAUGUGACACGGAGCAGUAUCAUCUGUAGUCCUGCAGCGCGGUCACGGCUUCUGAUACAGAUCAUAUAUCGUCUCAGCUUCCUGUUUCCUGUUCCCUUUUUUUUUUUUCUCUCCAAUGUUUAAUCUCAUACAGGCCGCAGCAUUUAAAACCCCUCAACGCUGGAUAACAUUGAUCAUCUUGUUACGGUGCGGUGCUGGGAAACCUUUGAUGUUGCUCUGACAAGGUGCAGCUUCCUAAACGUUUUCGCAUUGAUCAAAUUUGUUGGAAAAAGCUCAGUCCACAGAGACCCUAAACAAAGACUGUAUAUUAAAGAUGGGCAUACCCACCAUGACAUCAUGCACUGGUUUGCACAGUCCUCUUUUUGAAACCUUAAUACUGCGCUUUUCUAUCAAGUUUACUGCCAUUUAUAAAGACUUAAAACUAGUGAUUUUAACCCAUGUCUUGUUAAGGAAAAUCUUUUGAUUUUGUAAAUCAAUCGUGCAGUUGAUUUUUGGUUUUUUUUUCCCUCAUGAACAUCUAUCUUUAAAAAAAGAAGAAGACAUGUUUGUCACCAUAGGAGUCGCCCCCUUGUGGGCAUUAAAAAAGGUUAAAAUGUCAAGGUGCUUCGGCUUAAGUUUUUAACUUCAGAAGCUAAGCCCAUCUUUAUAUACAGUCUAUGGCCCCACCUGGCAACCCACUGGACCCAAUGGGCCAUUCUAACACCGGUCACAGGAGUUGAAUCCUCUGAUAAGUCAGAGCUGAUAUGAGUACAGUCCUUCUGGAAUCAAGUCUCCCCACUUGUAGGUGAGAUAUGAGCAUUUAUUUUGAAGCAUUAUUUCAAUUUUUUUUAAUGUUAAUGGUUACCAAGACUCAUCAGUCAAGUCUGAUUAACAUCCUAAAGCAAAAACCUUUCCCUCCCACUAUUAAUUACACAUUUACUAAUAUCUUCACUGCUCUGGAAUAUCCCUAAAUUCUCUGGUACUGGAAAAAUGGUUUUAAUGUUGUGGCAGAUCAGUGUACGUGCUACCUGUAGUUGUUUUUAGGUAUAACAGGGAAUUAAUAAAGUGUUCUAACACAAAUCCAAACAAUACUUCGAAGACAAACCUAUAAAUUACUGCUGAUAUUGAAUGUAUCUGCAUAAUUUAGCAAAGCAAAUCUGGUUUUAGUCGUCUGAAAUGCAUGUUUUGUUUUUUCUAAUAAUUUUCCCGAUGUUUGUUCAGAGGAAAUCAAAUCACUUCCCUCAUCAUUAGGUCUCUGCAGCUGCAUUAUUUAUGAAACAACCAGAGUCAGAUUCAGUGCUGGAACCGAGGGCAAUAAAAGAGCUGGUCACAUGAAA